AUGAAAAAUACCUUAAACAAAAGCUUCAGACACACACCUUCAACAUUUGAUUAAUUGAUGCAAUAAUAUUAUUCCUUUGGGUUUAAAAAACAACAAAUAUUAUAAGCAUGGUAACAAUGUGGGUUUAAUUAAAAUACAUUCCAUGAAGAACUAAUAAGAAUAAGGUAUUUAAAUAAAACUAUGUAAAGUGAAGUAGAAAAUUAGAAUUUAAGUCAAGAAGAUCUAAUGAACUCUUAGAUAUUAUUGAAAAAGUAACUAAAAGAUUUAGAAGAUCAUGAUUUAAAACAUGCAAUUCAACUUUCAAUGGAUGAUUAAAAUUAGUAAUAUGUAAUAUAUAAUUUAGAUAACCCCAAAUGGAAGAAUAAGAGAGACUAAAUAAAUUUAUUCCAGUUGGAUUGAAGAAUCUUGGAAAUAGUAAUCAAUAUUAAAUUAUUAUUUUAUAGCCUGUUAUAUGAAUUCUAUGUUGUAAAGUCUUUUUAAUUCACUUCCAUUUAGAUAACUCAUAUUUUCAAUUGAUUUAAAAGAAAACUCAACAAGUGCAGGUAUUUUUCUAUUAAAAUUAUAAUAAUUAUUUGCUAAUUUAUAAGAGACUAAUUUAUAAUUUAUAAAUCCUAUUGGUUUGUUUGAAGCUCUUUAAAAAUACAAGCCAAAUACUCUGUUAAUAAAAGGAGUGCAAAAUGAUUUUAAUGAAUUAUAAAAUGCUUUUUUAGAUGGAAUAGAAUAAGCCCUUAAAGAUAUAGGAGAUGAAGAAUUAAAAAAAUAGUUUAGCUAAAUAUUUUAUGGAGAAUCCAAAGAGAUUCUAACCUAUAAAGAAAAAGAAGAAGAAAUUAUAAAGUCUACAAUAACAACUUUUGGAUCUAUCAGUAUUGAUGCUCAAGAUAAAAAUUUAGAAAAAGGAUUUCUUAAUACAAGAAUAUUAAUAAUAGAUGAAUUUGAAAAUGAUUCAAAAAUGAAAACUAAAGCUAAAAUAGAUUAAAUUAUUCUUCAACCUCCAAAGAUAUUAUCAUUCUAUAUUAAUAGAGUAUAUUAUGAUCCUAAAUAAAAAUAACCUUGUAAAAACAAUAUAAAAUUUGAUUUUCCAACUUCUUUAAAUAUAAAUUAAUUUUAGGCUAGUGAUACUAAAUAAAUGAAUAAAGAAUUAUAGAGGCUUAAUGCAGAAGAAUAAAAAGUCUUAGAUGAAUUAAAAAGAUAUGGAGAUUCUAAAGAUGAAAUUGAUGAAAAUUUUAGCAAAAUAAUUAAAUUAUUUAAAAGAGGUGAAGGAUAACUUGAUAAAACAUUAAUUAUUGAUGAUUUCUAGAUUUUUGAUGAAAGUACUUCGAAUUAAUAAUUAAUAUCUAGUCAAUAGAUGCUUUUUUAAUUAGAAAACUAUAAGAACAAAUUUAUUAGAUCUGUUUAAUUACUUACUGAUAGAUUAGAAUAAAUAUAAACAGAAAAGAAACUAUUAUUAAAAUCAGAUUAGAACAUUUAUCGUAUAACUGCAGUACUUAUGCAUGAUGGCGGUGCUACAUCUGGUCAUUAUUAUAGUUAUAUUCUUGAUAAGUAAGAUUAUAAUACUUGGUGGAAAUGCAAUGAUUAAAUUGUUACAAAAGUUGAUUUUGCUUAAGUUAUGAAAGAUGCAACAGGAGUAAAUAGAGUUCAUACAAAUGUAUCUGGAUUAAUUUAUGAAUAAGAAUCUUGGAUGAAGGUUUAAAAUAUUUAAAUUAAUCCUAAAAUAUUUUCAUAUCUUGAUUAAGAAAAAAUUAAAUCUUAAAAAUAAUCUGAUCUAAACAAAAUUAUGAAUAGAAAACCAAUUAUUCUUCAAUAAAUAUAAAAUUAUCCACAAAAUACUUGCAAAUUUAAAGAUCCAUUAAGUAAAGAAUUUGAAAAAUUAAGCAAUUUUGAUUUUUUCUUAUCUAUUAAUCAUCCUGGUCUGUUUAAAUACUCAAAAACCAUUAAAAUUAUUAAAUAAGACUUAAAUCUAAUUAAAGAUUAACUCUCAAUACCUUUAAAUAUGAAUGAGUAUAUUAAUUACUUUAUUGAGUAAUCAAAAUUAAUUAAUUAAAAUUUCGAUAAUGACUUGAAAGUUUUAUACGAUGAAUUUCUUAAAGUUAAUUCAUUAUUAUAAUAAUUACCCUUAAAAGAUCUUAAUUAAAGUAAUUUUCAAGAUAAUAUCUAAUUAUUUUCAGUAAUUAUGUAAUAAAUACCAUAAAAAGAAUAUUAUAACCAAUUGUCUAGAAGUCUCAAAGAUCUCUUCUAAAUUAUGUUGUUGAAGGGUUGCUUUUUAAUAGAUUUAUCAAUUUAAAGGUAAGAUUUAUAAAAGGGAAGUUAAAUUGCACAACUAAUUCUUAGUAUAAUCAAUGAAAAUAAAUUUGUAGAUGUUAUAUUUGUAAAACAAAUUACAGAAAAUCUAAAAAGUUCGGGAGAUUAAGCUAAAUUAAUAUCAAACAAAAAUGAUAUAAUUGACUAAUUUACCAAAUUAAAAAACCCAAUUAAAACAUCGAUUAUUCUAAAACUUUAGAAUUUAAAGUCUUUAGAAGAAAGCAUUAUAUAAUUAAAAAAUUUUAGAACAAAGGGACUCCAAGUAUAUUUAUUAUUUUUUAAUUUUAGUUAUGGGUUGAAUAAGCAGAAAAAAUUAUUUCCAAUUAGUAAUUACUCGUUUAAUAGGAUAGACUAAAUGCUGAAGCAAUUUUUUAUUUCUAAGGAUGAAUUAUAUAUAAUAUAGG